AUGCGCACAAUCACCCUCGUCUCCUCCGUCGCGGCCUUCGCACUCCUCGCCUCCGCCCAAUCCCAAGACCGCCCCUCUCACUACGACCACCAGCGCCAACGACGAUGGGUCUGGGGACCGAGUAUCAUCCAGGACCCGACGUCGGGUCAGGAUACGGCGACGCUCCCGCCUAUCGGAAGUAACGUGAACCAGUUUACGAGUGAGUUUGGCGCGACUAUCACUACGCCUAAUAGCACACCGACGAUGCCGAGUUUCCCGCCUCUCGAGUCGAGCUCCUCCUCAAGCGCGACCAGCCAAGCUUUCGGCGGAGGAAAGCAAGGUGCUGCUGCGGCUGGCUCGACGACGACGCCUGCUUCAAGCUCAGCAAUCCGUCGGAUUCCGUUCGUCGAGCGCAAGUCUUCGUCACUCGCCGCCGCUUCGUCGCAGCCCUCGCCGCCGACGACUACCCCUGCCUCCUCCUCUGACCCCGCAACUUCUCGCAUCGUCGGACACCGUACCACCACCCCUCCGCCUCCUCCUCCUCCGACUCCUACUACCCCUCCUCCGACCCCUCAACCAACCACAACCCCCGCAGCGACGCACCGACUUCUCUGGCACGAACGGCACGAGUCGUACCUCUCCUCCAUCCUCGGCUCGAAGCGGGACGUCCCUCCUUCUCCCACGACCACCCCUGCUGCAUCGACCACGACGACAACGCCGGUAGGAGGAUACGGCAGAACCACGCCAGACCCUGGGACGGCUCUUCACCCUCCGACGUUCUCGGGACCGCCGGGUACGAUGCCCCCCGGUGGCGUACCAGGAAGCUAUGCGAUCUCGCAUGCCACGUCCAGCAGUAGCAGUAGCAGUACGACGACGCCUGCGCAGGCGGUAGCGAUGAGAGGGGUGUUGGAUGCGGUUCAGGAGGCCGUUGGGGAGGUUGCGGGUGUUGUUGGAGAAGCGGUGGAUGGGGUUGGUGGGAUGGUCGGGCUGGGAAAGCGGGAAGCGUCGUCGCCCGCUCGCUUCCAGGUCGUCGUCAAGCGCCGAGCGGAUCACUCGACGUUGCACCAGAGGCGCAGGCGGACCGUCUCUGUCAAGUAG